AACAGCGUCCAAAGCCAAGUUGAUCUGAGAAUAGCACAUGAACCGUUCUUCCACGGUCUACGAAACUAGUGUGUUGUGUGCAUGUUGUGUGAUACAGGAUACCUGGCACGUUUGCAGGAUUAGGGGGUAGGUGGGGAAGAUGUCGACGAUCGAAAGGAAGGAGUACCAGGAAACGAAAAUCCUGCGAUCUGUCUCUCCUGUGCGCAACACACGAAGUUCGACUCAAAACUUGUCACAAUUCGACAGUAAUUUAGAUUACUUAUUAGAAGACUUACAAAACUCCGUUUCUCGACCCGGAAGUUCUCUAGGCCACAAUACAGGUACAUAUAGAGAGACCUCACGAUCUGCGCAUACUUUAGAUUCAGGACCCAGGAGCAACUCUCUGAACAGAAUAACUAAUGUUAAAUCCUCGAACCCAGUUACGGAAUACUCUUCUGAUGAUGCUUACAAUUACUCGUCUCCGGAUGGCAGACAACACGUAACUGGAUAUAAGAAAGAAAAGUAUAUGUAUAAAACCUCAUCUUCUGGUGAUGCCCUUCCAGAAAAAACACGAAUGCAAAACAGUAUUAAUCAGUUGGAUUCCCUUCUCGAUGACUUGCAACAAGUAAAAAAAUCUUCUUUCUCGGAAAAUGAAUCCUAUAAUAGCAUUGGCUCAGAUCCAGCUUUUCAAGCAUCUAAGAAGACGGUUAAUCGUGAAUUGCAUUAUGGGGACACACCUAAAUCGAGUUCAAGAAGUCGUACAAUAGAACGUACAGAUCGUGAGGCUAUGAAAAGGGAUGUUCAGUACACCAGUGAGGGUACUUACGGCGAUCUUAGAUCUAUUAGAACAACAUCACCAUCUCCAUCAUCACGAACAUCUACUCUCUCUAAAAAAGCGGUAGUGAAAAAUAUACACGAAUACCCAGUAGAAGUAGUUGAAACCAUAGUCCCAGAAAUAGAUCCAGAAGUUUUAGCCCACUUAGACCCAAAUUUGCGACCACCAGGUAACACAAAAGUAACGACUACAAUUAAAACUUACACAUAUGAAAUACCUGGUUCUGGAGAGUAUCCCACAAAUAUUACAAGUAAUUCGAUAGACAAUGAAAAAUAUGUUUAUUCUCCCAAUUCUAUAUCUACUCCUAGUAAAAGUUUCAAUUAUAACAAGGUCGAAAACAAAGAAAACACAACAUACAGGCAAGAACCAACUUGGCAGACAAAUAUUAAUAAAGAAUACAAAGAAGCUGUUACAGAUAGUGUAAACUAUAAUUACCCUCCAUAUCAGAAACCUGCACCUCCAGGUGGUGUCAUCGUAAAAGAAACUACAACACGUAACUAUCAGCCUGGUUACAGUCCUGAGUUAAGUCCGCCAUCAAAUCAUCAAACGUAUAUUUAUAAAGAAACAACAACUAAGAAUGUGAAUGAAAAUAGUUAUCCGCAGCCUCAUUCUCCUAGACAGGAUACUUACAUUAUAAAAGAAACUACCACAAACGUUAACAAAAACGAAUCUCCAUACCCUGACAGGAGAUAUCCUGAGGGUACUCCGCCUUAUAAUGAUGUCAGAAACUAUCCACCAGGUCGAGAAACAUACAUAAUAAAUGAAUCACACAAUACAACAGUUAAUAAAACUGAGCCACCAUUUUCUCAAAGGGGAUAUCCAGUGGGUAAUCCUCCAGAUGACAGAGGUAAUCCUCCACACACCACUUAUAUAAUAAAAGAAACCCACAACACCACCAAUACAACCGCUGGCCCACCCUAUAAAAAUGGUUACCCACCAAAUGAACCUGGAAAGACAAUUAUAUACAAACACGAAACACAUACUACAAAUACUCAUGGGCCUGGGGGACCAAACAGACCAAAAACUCCUAGCGAUGUAGAGUCAUUUGAACCAGUUAAUCCUCCAUAUGGAAGAAAGCCGAAUGAACCGAUCAAUGUCCACUAUUCAUACAAAUCAACAAACACUACACAAAAUACUUAUAAGGGAGGAUACCCACCAGGUGACGAGUCUCAACCACUAUUGCCACAAAAGUUCCCUACGGAUGAUGCACCUGAGGGACCACCCAAGAGAUUAGAUGAACUUAUGGCAACAAUUGGCCAUGAGCCUCCAAAUAGCCCUCUAAAUGCUGGUUUUAAUGCUCACGAACAGGAACUAGCACAACAAAAGAAAAUUGACACCCUAAAAAAACAGUCAAGUGAAGUUGAGGACACACAAAAGAAAGAGCCCAUAAUUAAAACAAAAAAUGUGUCUGGACCACCUGUAUAUUAUCCACCAGGACAUGAAAUGUUUGCUAAAAAAGAGGAAAGCGAAGCUGCAUGGAGAGCUCAAGGUGGAUAUGCAAAAGCAUCUGGAAAGUAUCAGUAUGAGGCUGAGAGUAAAAGUAAAUCCAAGAGUAGUAGUGGAGCAACUGUUGUCCCUGUAUGUUUGCCAUUGUGCUGUGGCCUUCCGUGUGCCCUUCUGUAGAAUAUAUUCGGCUCAAAUAUACUUCCAUAUAUAUCACACUAAGAAUUCUCAAGUGCCUUACUCAAUUUUCUGUUGUAUAAUUAUAAUAUAUAUAUUACCUCAUUUUAAUAUUUUUUUAUAAAUCUAUGACAAUUUUUUCCUUUUUGUUUAAUUCUUGUUUUAACAUUGUAUAAAUUAUUAAUUAAAACAAUUACAUGUAAAUACUAUAGUGUGUAUUUGGUAUAAAAAGCUUUAAAUAAUUUAUGUACAAUUUUUAACUAUAACACAUUAUUGUUAUAUAAUAAAUAAGUUUAUUUAAAUCAGAAUAAUUCUUGCCUGUUAACAAUUGUGCCUAACUAUACAGAUGUAUUUUAUAAAAUUAAAAUAUAUAAUCUGUUA